CCCCGAAACAUGGCGGUCAAUGGGAUGCUCUGAUAAGCCUGAAGUUGAGAGCAUUGCAGUUUUGGCAGAGAUGAGCGACCAUCUCAAAGUGAAGGUGGUCAGGGCAAUUGAUUUAGCCUUCAAAGACCCAAAUUUAACCAGUGAUCCUUUUGUCCUCCUUACCCUCGGAAGGGAUUCUCACAAGUCGAAGACUACAGUCAAAAACGACGACCUUACUCCAAUUUGGAACGAAGUUUUUACAUUUUCUGUAAAUAAUACCGAUUCUAGCCUGCUCAAAGUGGAAUUGUGGGAUAAUGAUAGAUUGAGGCGAGAUGACAAACUUGGAGAUACUGAAAUUGAUUUGAAACCCCUGUUUGAGAAACAAGGUAAAGAUAGGAAAGUGUUGUGUCCGUGCAAAGAGAACUGCUUGUACAACGACAGUAGCAUCAUCCAGUAUGCAGAUGGGAGAAAGAUUCAACAUGUGUGGCUGAAGCUUCGGAAUGUUGAUUCUGGUCUCUUGAACUUGCAUUUUGAAUGGCUCCCUCAUUCUAGAUAAGAAGUCCCGUCCUCAAAGAAUGAUUUGGAUGGUUUACUGAUUUGAGUUCAAUUGGUUGGUUGCCCCAUUCUAGAUGGAGGAGUCUUCUUUGCAAAGAAUAAUUUGGAUGAUUUAAGGGUUUGAGUUUGAUUGGUUAAAGCACUGGGUUUUUAAAUCUAUAUGAAGAUUUAAUGUAAAAUUUUAAGUUGUGGCUUAUGAAUUUCUAUAACUGAAUUGUAAAUAAUAUUUGGAUGUUUUCUUCGUUUCAA